AGUGUGUGCGUGCGUUUGCACAAGUGCUUGCAGUUAUUGCUGUUGUUAUUGUUGUUGUUGUAGCUGAGUGUUUGUGAACUGCUGCGCUGCAUCCUGCUUUUAAUGCACAUCCAAUUGGCAGACACAGCGUCAAACGAUGCUAGCAACAUUUAAGACCAUCUCCUCCACGGCCUUACCACCCCAUCAGAGCCGCUGACACGGGAAGUGGAAGUGAUGUCAUCGCAUUUGCCUGCCGCUGCAGUCGACAAGAAAAAACUUUACUAUAAACGCCGACAUUCUACAAAUAUAGGAGCAACAACCAAAUAGCCGCAUAGCAUAGCACAGCCUUAUUCCAAUUGCUCCGGAUUCUAAAGAGAACGCGUGGAAAAUGCCUCGGCUGCUUUCCCAUUUACAUUUACAGUUGCAACGGCCGCCACAGCUGCUGCUGUUGUUGUUGUUGUGUGUGUUGUUCAACAUAUGCUUGCAACACGUCGUUGUCGUCACAGCUGACAACUUGGAGUCAAAAGCACACAUUGGUGACUAUUUUCCUGCCCUUAAUGAGUUUUCAACUCACACUGUGAUACGCCCCCAAGUGCAACAUGGACGCACUAAGCGCGCCCUGCAGAGCACUCUGGAUGCAACGGAUGGCCUGCACGCGCCGCAGUUAACACUGCUGUACACGCAUCAAGGACAGCGCAUCCAAAUCGAACUGCAGCGCAACGAUCGCCUACUGCCCGACGCCCACUUCCUGCGGUAUCAGAACGCCAGCAAUCGGGCGGAUGGCGCCGCUGGCUACGUGGUGCGCAAGUUUACCAAGACUGACGUUGAUUUAUGUCAUUAUCAGGGAUACAUACGUGGCCAGCCGGACUCCAGUGUGGCACUCUCCACCUGCCACGGCGGCCUCAGUGGCGUCGUCUUCGAUGGCCAGCAUACGUAUUUCAUACACCCCCACAGCGAAGGCAGCGGACGGCUGCAGGAUGACCACUAUCUGCUCAGGCACGCCGACAUGCUGCAACAGAAUGCCACCUGUGGCUACGACAGCCACAAAGACAACUACGAAAGUUGGCCAAGCGAGGACCUGGAGCUGGGCGAUGAGGAGGCGCAACCCACGGUGCCACAGCGCUUGGAUGGCGGGGAAUUUCAGCGCAUGCUGAGGCGCAAGCGACGCCAAACGGAUGAGAGUCAAUUGAUACGUGGCCCAUACAAUGCCAACAAAUACUCCAGCUACGUCGAGCUGGUCAUUGUGGUGGACAACAAAGUGUACAAGCAUUUUGGCGAGAAUGCCAAGCGAGUCCAUCAGCAUUGCAAGGAUCUGGCCAACAUUGUGAAUGCCCUCUAUGUGCCGUUGAACAUCUUCGUGGCGCUCGUGGGCGUCGUCAUUUGGAAUGAGUCGAACGAGAUUGAGUUCUCCAGCGAUGGCGAUGUUACCUUACACAAUUUCCUCAAUUACCGCAGAUCUAAGCUGGUGGUGGACCAUCCCAACGAUAAUGCCCAGCUGCUGACCAAAGAGACGUUCAAUGGCAGCGUUGUGGGCAAGGCGCUGAAGGGGCCCAUUUGCACCUAUGUGUUCUCUGGCGGCGUGAGCGUGCAGCAUAGCCAGGUGCUGGCUGUGGUGGCCACAACCAUGGCCCAUGAGAUGGGUCACAAUUUUGGCAUGGAGCAUGAUUCGAAUGAUUGCCAUUGUCCCGACGAGAAGUGCGUGAUGGCCUCAUCCAGCUCGGCUGUGGUCCCAGUGCACUGGAGCAGCUGCAGCAUCGAUCAGCUGACCAUCGCCUUCUCGCGCGGCAUGAACUAUUGCCUGAGGAAUAAGCCCACUCGCCUCUUCGAUUCGCCGCAGUGCGGCAACGGCUUCGUGGAACCCGGCGAGCAGUGCGAUUGCGGCUUGCCCGCCCACUGCGAGAACAGCUGCUGCAAUCCGGUCACCUGUAUGUUGCACGCGAAUGCAUCCUGCGCCACCGGCGAGUGCUGCGACCUGAAGACCUGCCGACCCAUGAUGGCGGGCAGCACCUGCCGUCCGGCGGGCAACGAAUGCGAUUUACCCGAGUUCUGCACCGGCGAGUCGGAGUAUUGCCCAACGGACGUGUUCCGUCGUGACACGGAGCCCUGUGAUGGGAAUCAGGCGUACUGCUUCUUGGGCUCUUGUCGCUCCCAUACCAACCAAUGCCGCAUCCUGUGGGGGCCCACGGGCAACAACUCGGUGCACUGCUAUGAGAAGAACUUGGAGGGCUCCCGCUUGGGCAACUGUGGCUACAAUCUGCUCAACCAGACAUUCGUCAAGUGCGCGCCACAGCACAUACACUGCGGCAUGCUGCACUGCAACCACCUGAACGAGCGUCUAGAGUUUGGCAUGGAAUCGGCAGCGGUGCUAUCCCAUUCCUUUAUCAGUCACGAUCGGAAAAUUGUGGCCUGCCGCACGGCCCUGGUGGAUCUUGGGCUGCAAACCAUCGAUCCCGGUCUGACGCCAAAUGGCGCUAAGUGUGGCGACCAGAGCAUGUGCGUCAAUCAGCAGUGCCUGGCCUUGGAUCGCGUGCGCAAGAUGGGCAUGGGCGCGCCCUGCCCGGAGAACUGCAACGACAACGGCGUCUGCAACAGCCGUGGCCACUGCCACUGCGAUGUGGGCUUCGGUGGUGAGGCAUGCAGCAAGGCCGGACACGGCGGCUCCGUAGACAGCGGCCCAGCCACAAAUCCGAGCAGUGCUCUCAGCCUUCAGCGCUUGCUGCUCAUCCUGUUCUUCGUGGUGCUGCCGUUUUUAGCCUGCUUCUUUUUGAUCUAUCGAUGUGCGAUCCGGAACAAGAAGCUCUUCGCCAGCGGAAAACUAACCGAUAAUAUCUUGAAAAGCGCCAGCGGUCACAAGCAGCCAUCGACGCGCGUCAAUCAAAAUGGAGCUGGUCCGCCCGCAGGUGGGGCCAAUGGAUUACCCAAAUCGACGCCCAGCAGCACCGACGACAUGAACUCGGCGCUGCUGAAGUCGCCGAGCGAUUCGAGCGAUGCUGCCGCAGCUGGGAAUGCGACGAGCAUGUUUGGCAAAUUCAAGGGAUUCACUUUGCGUCCGCUGAACAAUGCCAGCUCGCCGGCGAGCAACUACAGCGGACCGAAUGUGGCCUUUGUGCAGCCGACGGUGCAGCAGGAUAGCCAUGGGGUGCCACAGCGAGUGGCACCGCCGCCACCGGCAGUUAAGCCAUCGGAACAGAAUGCAGCGAAGACGGCCCAUACAUUGCCGAGAGCAGCGCCUGCGCUGCCACCGCCGAACCCCGGCUCGACAGCACGUCCCAUCAUAUCGAAACCCACGUUGGACUCCAGCACGCUGACCAUGGUGCCUCUGAAAGGCGGCGAUGAUGAUCUCUCGCCCACUCGAUCGGCGCCCGCACCACCCGUGCCGCUGCACGCAGAUCCCAAGCUGAACAUCAAGCGCGACGGCACAAUACGGCGCCUUGCCUCAUUUCUGAAGAAGGACGAGAAGCCUCCACACAAAGAGAAGACGUACAUUGAUCGCGAACGAUUGCGCAAAAUGGAAAUCUCGGCACCGAUGCCAGUGCCGACGCCAGCGCCGUUGCCGCUGCAGGCAGAGUCCUCCAAUUCGGACUCGGAGACAACACCGCGCGAGGAGGAGACCAAGAACUUAGUGAAGCGCACUCAGUCCAUGCGAUCGCCCACCAAGAAGACGCAGGUGCAGACAUUUGGCUCGAUGCGUUCGCCUCCCGGAGCAGCCCGGCCCAAGAGUUCAGUGAACGCUGCCAACGCCGCCGGCACACGACCCAAGUCCCCGCCACCACGCCCGCCUCCGGUGGCCAAGAAAACCAAUUCAACCAGCUCGUCAGGCUAUCAGCUGCCAGUGGCUACCGCCCAGACCACGACGGAGAAUACCUACGAUGACUGCGAGCUCGUGGAGUCGCCAUCUACUCGCGCGUCCAGCGAUGCCAUCUACUCGGUCAUUGACGAGAUUCCUCCAGCUGCCCAGACCCUCAAGCGCAGUGAACUCGUAGCCAGCUUGGCCAGCAAUGCAGGAGCAAACGGCGAUAUGGGUUUGCUGGGUGAGAUUGUCAAUGAGUUUGAGAAACUCAAUGGCGGCGAUUCCAUCUACUCGGGCAAAGCAUCAGCAGCUACAGCAGCAGCGGCAGUUGACGAGCCAGAAGCGCCACGUAGUCCCCAGCGUCCGGCACCGCCGAGGCCGGCGGGCAGCAACAGAAAUAGCAGCUCAGCCAGUGCUGAGGAGAAGACAGCCGUUACGCCCACAUAUCUGCGUGCACCUCCCAUCAAUGCCCCAGUGGCGCGUGUGGCGCCAACACGCUCCGACAUCUCACCAUCACGCGCAUUCUCGAGCUUCAAGCCAGCGCCAGCAAAUGCAACCAGCAGCAGCAGCAAGUCAAGCAGUAACAGCGGCAGUAGUAACGCCAACAGAGCAGCUGCUGCGCAGCCGGCACGCAUCAGCGGUGGAGCACGUCCCAAGUCAUUUACGAAGACAGCUAAAGCACUGCCCAAUGGCGUGGCAGUCGCACCCUCGGCCACCAUACAGAAGCCCAAGCCGCUCUCGGCGAAGCCUUCGUUCAGCGGCGAAUUGCCGAAGCGUCUGGCUGGCGCAUCGUCUGCAACGGCAGCUGCCGCACCAACACCGCCCACAGUGAAGGCGUCAGCGAACAUAGCGUCGCUAACGCAGCGAUUCGAGCAGCGAAAGUAGUUUAGAGCGAAUUAUUAAAACCUAUGACUUUAUAUAUUGUAAGCUAGGUUAGGUACGAUCAAAUAUCAUUUUUGGCACUGAUUAUCGAAACAGUUGUUGAUAUUCAUUCCUUUUUAGCUAACCCUCUAGCUAGGUCUAAGACGUUGCUUAAUUUACGUG